UCGCACGUGUGUCUCCGUUUUCGCGUUGUUUCUCGCGUGUUGUCAUUCGCGCGUGUACCCGUAUCUCCGUCUCCGUUGCUCCCUCGUCGGUUUCGUCCCGGUUAUCCCCCUCUCGAAGAUGCUCCGACUCGCACGUGACGUCUGACCGAACACGCGGUUAUUCCACUGGCACGUCGCUACUUCUUCGCCAACUUCGGUUCUCCACACUUGCCUUCUGUUGUCGAUGAACUUUCCGUGGUUCCAAGUUCUCCACGAAUUCGUGACUCUCGUAACCUCGAUCCGAAAAUGACAUCGUUCCGUAGUGGCUUCACCGGUAUCGACCGAUACCAUCGGAUAAUUACCGUGGAGCGAAUGAAUCAGUAACGUUGAUCCGCUAUCCAGAAAACCGUCGGUUCUCGGUCAGCGAACGGGAGAUAAUCCUGGAUCCACUAACGGAGUGACGCUGGUACAGCCCGGGAUAAUCUGGGAUAAAGUAUAAAUAAAUAUCGGAAACUCCUCGAGAAUAAACUGUUGUCGGUUAAAUGACAGUCGCGAGAGUUUAGUGGAAGUUCGGAUGAUCGAGCGGGCUGAUCGAUGAUAGGGGAACGUCGGGUGAUCGAUCGUCGGAUGAGAAACGUGCGCGCCGUACGCGUGCCGGCUUCGCGAUCGUGCCGGUGCGCCGGUGCACUCGCGAGAAAACUGAAUUUAAUGUUAUGGUAAUUGCGGAUCGAUCGCGGGACACGGAUCCGUCUCCGUUACGAUUUCCCGUGUUCGUGCAUGCACGUAACGGCCGGCAUAAAAGGUCUACGAAGAGGGAGGAAAGGUAAUUGAACUAUCGUACGAGCUUCCCGCCGGAAUUUCCAGGCAAAUUAACCAGAGUUGAAACUCUUUCCACUCUCCGCUCGCGAUAAAGGCUCCAAGUCGUUCCGGUAACCGACACGAAUGGAGUUCCUCGUGCGAGCUUUUCGGAGAGAUCCAUAAUAGAGGAUCGAUUGGUCGAGACUUCAAAGGCGAGCGUGCAAAGAGCGUCGCAAAGAAAAAGGGGUGAAAACCGCAUACACGGCCGCACUGUUUGCACUGACCCGAACCAAUCCUCGCGAGGAACACUUGUUAAUACAUAGGACAGCCGUUUGGAGGUGAUCAAUCAGCGUGAAGAGUCUCCACGGCGAAGAGGACAUCCAUCAAACGAACCAAGUAGUCGAACGAUGUCUUUCGUUUUUAAACCGGCGAACUUUAACCGUUACCGAUCGGAAGACGAAUCGUAUAGGACGGGACGAUCGUCCGAACAAAUUUCGUGCGAUUCAUCCUUUCAAAUGUUCCGCAAAUAAGAAAGCUUGAAACCCUGCCGUUUCAUCAGAUCUCGAACAUCCCUUUAAUCGUGCCAUUUUAUAAGGAAAGUGGAUCGAGUCAAACGCGUAACGUAUUCUCGGAAGCUGCAUAGCACGUUCUUGCCAGAAUUUCGGUCGCGUACGUGACGAGAAAGAUUUCGAAAACGAACUAGCUAACCAUCGGGGAUCGUUGAGCCGUAAUCAAGCGAGGUCACUGCUCGCGGCAUUAAUAUUUGCGCUGGAAACCUUAACGAUGCAACGAGCCACCAUGAAGGUGUGAAGGAAAAGAGUAACUAGGUCUGUUUACCUGAAACACCUAAAGAUUUCUUGGAAACGUGAUUAAACUCGUAACCGACAAACGACACUUCGUAAAUCGACUCCGGAGAAAAUAAGCGAAAUAGUUGCGAAUACGAUGCGAUUAUCGAUUAAAUCGCUCGGAAUACAGCGGAAGAUGGGUCUGUUUUGCAUUCGUCGGAUACGCGGUUGAUUGAAUUACAAAUCGACGCGGAAGAUCGAGGAAAAACAAGAUAGGAUGAUUGUUCGAGAAAUGGCUGGGACUACUUAGACGGGUGUAAUUUAAAAAAUCUCGGGAUAAACGAGGCUGACGUGGGACGUCACGCGUCGCGAAAGUUUUCCGCGGGAGACGAACAAGGAUGCUGGUAAUCCGAGACCCUUCGCUGCAAAUCAGCGCGGACGAAAGCAAUUCCAGAAGAUAAACAAGUUCACUGAGAAGCACCGGAUGUACUGAUUGUCAUUGGAGUUGAUCAAACCUCGGAACAGUUUAAUGGAUGUGAUAUUCGCUUAACAGGCCAAACUCUUCAGCGAAAAACACCGACGAAUGCUGGCACAAGUGUUCCCUCGUCAAAGAUAAGACAACCUAAUAAUAAACCAAAGCAUAUCGAUUGUCGAGCGACUCUUCAGCCACGCGCAUUGAUCGAAAGGCAGGGAUAAUUUUCUAAUUACCGAACUGUGGUACAAAUCGCGCGCUAACACUGCGAGGCGCACGUAAAUCUAUCGUCAAACAGAAAUUUGCUCUGUAUAAAGCGAAUACUCUCUCUGUACAGAGUUUCAAGCUGAUCAACGUGAUCGUGUUGUGGCUAAAAUCCGUGGGAUCUUCCGUCGCCCACGAGCGACUAAUCCUGCGACAGCAAACAUAAUUCAAAUCAAAGGACAAAGGUAAAAGAUUGAAUGAAACUCGCUACGGUCCGUCAAACAAACCUAACUCCGGACAAACAGUUCCUGGUGCGAGUGCUUCAAUCGACAUGGCGAGUUUAGUAGCCCGGAAUUAAUCCGAGAAAUAUUUUCGAGGCGCACUAGGGAAGAAGUUAACGGCAAAGAUAAACAGAGAGGGUGCGAAAGAGGGAGUCGAAGGAGGGAGCGAAACGAGAGAUUCUCCGCGUUGUGGUGUAAGUGGGGGCCAGGUGGGUGUGAUACAACGGCAAUAAUGAGUGUCGAAUGCAACUUGUCACGAGGUCGCGAUAAAAAGUUGUCGGUGACGAAGCUGUCUCGGUGGUCGUCGCGUGGCUAAGUGGACGGUGCGGGAAUGGUGCGGAAGUAGGUUUCCUUUCUUCCGGCUUCCGCUGGAAAAAGUGACGUACAAGUGGCUUUAGAAGAGGACGAUGAUGUCUAGACAAAGCAAAGACCCCGUGCAGAAGUGCCACUCGGACCCAGGUGCUGCGAGUACCGCCGGUACUCCUUGCAGCCCUGGUAAGCGAAUUUCUCGCAGAAUCGUGCCAGGCAUUCAGACAUCCAACACACGCAAGUGUGUUCUCACCUUGGACGGGUACAGCUACGUGAUCGUUGCAUCUCCGCCCGAUCGAAGAGUGACGAGAGACGAUAUCGCAGUGUCCUCGCCCGGCUCAUCUCCAAACGCAAAUGCAACUACAAGCUGCACUGGUACAACAUCAUCCCGAUUAUACAACCCUUCCUCGCCGGGGCGAAAUGGUCAGCUAUCGAAACAAGGCACGUUAACGAUAGUACGUCGAAGUUCCGGCAAGAAUAAAAGUAUCGGCGGAAGUUUCGAAAGUUCCCCACCACCGCACAGCCCUGACACUCUUUCGUCAAGCCAAUCCGUGGAUCUUGACGAGAUUCUUGAUAAUGUCGACCUCACGACAGACUCACUCCCUGCCGUUGACACCCCCGAUGCUUGUGACAAGGCUGCCCUCAGAUUGAGAUGCUUGCUGAGGCAGCUCCAACAUGGCGAAAUAUCUGCAGAAUUGCUGCAACGAAAUUUGCAUUACGCGGCACGCGUUCUCGAAGCAGUCUUCCUCGAUGAAACCAAAGACGCCGAACGUAUGGAGUCAGCCGCUACUUGCCGUCAGGGUGUACGACGUAGGCGGCUGGCGGACGAGGAUGACGAAUUAUCCGAGGUGCAACCGGAUGCUGUGCCACCGGAAGUACGAGAAUGGCUCGCUUCGACGUUCACCAGACAGCUGGCAACCACCAGAAGGAAGGCGGACGAGAAACCAAAGUUCCGCUCGGUCGCGCACGCCAUCAGGGCAGGGAUCUUCGUUGAUCGGAUUUACAGACGGGUCACCAACACCGCCUUGAUGCAGUUCCCUCAGGAAGUGGUUAAAGUGCUCAAGACUCUGGACGACUGGUCGUUCGACGUGUUUUCGUUAAGCGAAGCCGCAAUGGGAGCACCGGUGAAAUACCUCGGUUACGAUCUGCUUAAUCGAUACGGCAUGAUCCACAAAUUCAAAGUGCCCCCUGCGGUUUUGGAAUGCUUCCUGGGAAGAGUCGAAGAGGGUUACUGCAGACAUCGAAAUCCGUAUCACAAUAAUCUGCACGCUGCAGACGUUGCGCAAACCAUGCACUAUAUCUUGUGUCAAACAGGAUUGAUGAAUUGGCUGACCGAUCUGGAGAUUUUCGCCACUUUGGUUGCGGCGAUUAUUCACGAUUACGAGCACACUGGGACCACAAACAAUUUCCACGUAAUGUCCGGUAGCGAAACAGCGCUCCUCUACAAUGACCGCGCCGUUCUGGAAAAUCAUCACAUUUCCGCAAGCUUUCGAAUAUUGAAGGAGGACGAGUGCAAUAUACUACAAAACUUGUCGAAAGAGGAGUUCCGUGAAUUUCGUUCGUUGGUGAUCGACAUGGUUCUCGCGACCGACAUGAGUUUUCAUUUCCAACAAUUGAAGAACAUGAAGAACAUCUUGAGUCUGGCGGAGCCUAGCGUCGACAAGAGCAAGGCUGUCAGUCUGGUUCUUCACUGCUGCGAUAUCUCGCACCCGGCCAAAAGAUGGGAUCUUCAUCACAGAUGGACCAUGCAACUGUUGGAGGAGUUCUUCCGGCAGGGUGACAAGGAAAAGGAACUGGGAUUGCCGUUCUCUCCGUUAUGCGACCGCAACAAUACUCUGGUGGCUGAAUCGCAAAUAGGAUUCAUAGAAUUCAUCGUUGAACCUAGCAUGCAAGUUUGUAGCGACAUGCUGGAGACGGUGCUCGUUCCAUUGAGCGCCAAGGAGAGCGUGGACGAAUCCAACAAUGGAUCAGCCGCUGAAAGCAGGAGGAUUAAGAUCGGGAAGCCAUGGAUUCCGUGUCUCGCGGAGAACAAGGGAAUUUGGAAGGAGCAAGCUGUACGAGAUGCAGAAGCAAGGGCACAGAAAGAGCAAGAGCAGAAGGCAAGCGACAACCGCGAAGAUGGCGACACAUCGCAAGCUGCACCCGAGGAAUGAAAAAUCCGGCGGGCCGUGUUGUUUUUCAAGAACAUAUGUAAUUUUAGGCUACGAGGAAGCCCGACGAAGCAUUAAAAAAUCGCUACCGACGUUGAAGCAUUAAAAAUCACUAUUAAUCACAGUGCAAGCUUCGAGAACAGUGAUUUUUCCGGACGCUCGAGUAUCGAAAGUUAUGGACGCCAUUAAACAGGAUACUCUGUCGAGACUGUUUGUAACAUUUAUCAUUUUACGCGGAUCGUAUCACCUGAUCGAUGUCCUUUCGCCUUUCCAACACCUGUAAUGUCUUUUCUAAAUCUCUUCGGGAGAGAUUCUCUUCUGGAAUAUCGAUUAUAGCGGUUCCCGACAUUUUUAUUCGCUUUCUGCUGCUUUUCACCGAUUGUAUAUAUUCCGACAGGAUUUUCGUGCGCUGUCAAGAAAGGUAGGCUGUGAUAUUUUAUAAUUGACGCCUUGCGUUCAUUUAUCUUUUGAAAUACUGGGUGGUUCGAAAGUCGUGGUCGAGUUUAGAACAUUUUUUAAAAUUUAUAAAAAUUGUCAAAGUUAAAACUGUUAGGUUUGAAACACUUAAAUGAAACUCAUUCUUAAGAUGUUUAUAUUUUUCUGUUUUCAAUGAUAAAAUAUGAUUUGUGGAUAUUUUUGAAAGCAUUUGUGUAAUACAAAUAUACGGAACGCAAAUAUUAUGUUGUUAAAAUAUUAAAUAUAUUG